AUAGUUAGCGACACGUCAACGUGUCGCCGUCACCUUGCAUUUCGCCAUGUGGAUGCUUACCGCAAGUGGUGCAAGGCCAAUGAAUUCGCGUCAAUGCUACCUCAAGAUAUCAAGGAGCACAAGACUGCUGCCGCUAUCGCAAAUGCGCAGCAAACCAGUCUUGACAGCCACCUCAAAGAGAUUCCCCCUCACAAGGCUGUUGUACCUUACACUGACGCACUAUUUCACGAUGCUGCCAUUGAGUGGCUAAUAUCUACCAGUCAGCCUAUACAAGCUGUAGACCACCCGAGCUUCAAGAACAUGAUUGAUGUAGCUGCUCGUGCUACAAAUGGUGUUAUUUUACCGAAUCGCAAUGCUACACGCUGCGAAAUUAUGAAUUUAUUCAAGAAGCAGAUGUCGAAAUUAAAAGAAUGCCUCAAUGUAAGCUUCGCUUUUGAUAUCUUUAGUUAA